AUGUCACAGGAGUCGUCCACAUCGCCGCUGACGAGAGGCGAGCAACACAACACGUCAACCUCGCCGCCUCGCAGCGGAAGCACUUCGUCCUCCAACACCAGCAUCCCGUGUGAGUCCGCGCUGAAGCUGGGCCCUACACUCUGGGUCGAGGUGUGGGAGAACCAGCGCUGGUAUCCGGUUAUCGGAUGGGGGACCAGCCGCUUCCUCACCGACCUUCCCGUCUUCUGUUUUGUACCGCCGGCACGCCGCCUCUGCGGCGGUCACCCAAAAGAUUUCGAUGUCGCCUUUCAGUCGGUAAACCCUGCUUCUCCCCACGCCCCCAAUCCACAGUGGCCGGCCCGCCGCAUCCUCACGGUGGCGCUCCCCGCUGGCUACCGAUGGGUGGGGUUCUGGGAGGUUUUCACGGAGCACCCACACGGCACCGACACGGCCGGCUGGCGCUACGGAGGGCAGUUCCUGAAGUCCGUCGACAGGACCAACGCUGGGGCUGCCGAUGCUGCGUCGCCCAGGGAGGUGUUGGCUCCGUUCAAAAAGACACACACGCCCUUGUGCGUCGUCCGCCGUCGCUUAUGGCGCCGCCGCGUGGCACUGGCGGGGGUGGACGAGCCUGCCCCGUCCACGGACGACCUCUUCCCGGGUCACUCGGAGCAGCAACUGCAUUCUUAUCUGAGCGAGAAGGAGGAGGAGAUGGAGAUGGCUGAGCACCUUAAGGAGGCGGAGUUCAUGGCAGCCCAGGCUGGUGAGCCGUGGUUGCAGGAGCAGCAGAUGCGGGCGGAGGAGGAGCUGCGCAAAUUCUGCCGCGAGCUGCAAAACCGCGAGAGUGAGUCCCGCAUGCGCACCACAAACCCGAGCUUCGCGAACCCAUUUCGCCAACCGGAGGGCUUUUUUCACGUUUCUUCUGAUGGCGACGACGACGGCGACAGUCCCACAGACGUCAACGCGCAUCCGGAGGAGGAGUUCAGCGGCGCCGUGGCGGCGGCGUCCUGGGUGCGGGACAGUCGGUCGAGUCGCGCUGGGCCUGCCGUCUCAUCACCGGUGGCGACGACUGAGGACGCGACUGCCGGGCACAGCACCGAAUCCUCGCAUGGCGGCUGCACCGUUGUGGCUUAUAGCACCACUGCGCCGAGUCGCGUGGAUGGAAGUGAUCUGGUGGGGCAGAACACGGUUAAAGAAUUCGUGGCGUCCACUCCGACAGAUGCGGAGCUGUUGCGCACCGACGACGCCAAUGUUGCCGCCGAAAACGCGGUGGACCAGUUUGUGGCAUCCUCCCCGACGGAUCCCGGCGCCUUGAGCAGCGACGACCAAACUACUGGCGUGUCAAUCGGUGGCAUCCGCGAUCCUACCGAUGCGGACUUCCGCGCGAUUUUUUCGCAGUUCAUAACUCCGUCUGGUGAUUACAAGCCGUCCUGA